GAUGUGUUUGUUCUGUGAAGGAAAUGUGUGGGUUUCUUUCAUUGUUUUUUUGUAAAGAAUUCAAAUAAGGUGAGUGCGAGUCCUUGAGGAGGUAUAUUUUAAAAAGGCGUGUCUUGAAACUCUGAGCGUAAAUCAUGGGUUGGUUGUUCAGAGGGGGUUUUAUCACUGAAACACUGCAUUCCUUUCAACCCGGAGUGAAGGACGCACACUUCUGAGAAAAUAAUGGUCACUCACAUCAAGACAAACAUGGCGCAAAUAACAGAGAAAGUCAUUUAUGAUGUUUUUCCGGAUGACCUUUUAAAUGACUAUGAAAAUAUAACGGAAGGACCUUCUGAUGGAGUACUGUACAUCUGCACCAAUGAAAAUAACCCACUGCAUCUGUUUCACUCCGUGUUUCAACCUCUUGUAUAUGGUGUGGUCUUUUUCCUGGGCCUAACAGGAAAUGGCCUCCUCCUGACCAUUCUGCUAAAACGGCGGAGGAACCUGCGCAUCACAGAGAUCUAUCUGCUACAUCUGGCACUGGCUGACCUGCUCCUCCUCUUCACUUUACCAUUUGCAGUUACUCAAGGGGUAGCUGGGUGGCCUUUUGGAAACUUUCUGUGCAAGCUAUUGGGCCUUGUUAAUCGCCUAAAUCUGGUGUGUGGGAGUCUGCUUUUGGCAUGCAUCAGCUUCGAUCGCUACCUCGCCAUUGUGCACGCCAUCCCCAGUCUCCAGACCCGUCGACCUAAGACCGUUCACCUCACCUGUGCACUGCUCUGGCUCCUAUGUCUAUUUGUGACCAUUCCCAAUAUGGUGUUCCUGUCUGUGAAGGAAGAGAACAACUCUACCAGGUUAUCUUGUUCUUACAACAACCAUGGCAUCCAUGCAAGCAACUGGAAGUUGACCAGCCGCUUCAUCACACACCUGCUGUGCUUCUUUCUGCCUCUGUUGAUCAUGGGGUACUGCUACACUUCUGUAAUCAUCACUCUUUGCCAAAGCCAGAGAAGUCUGGAGAAACAGGGAGCAAUUCGACUGGCCCUUCUGGUUACACUGGUUUUCUGCCUGUGCUGGCUACCAUAUAACAUCACCAUUUUUAUACAUACCCUGGUGAUGUUGGGUGCUAAGCAGAGCUGCCAUUCUCGCACCACACUGGAACAGGCGAUAAUAGUGACAGAGAGCAUUGGCUUUUCCCACUGUUGUCUGAAUCCAAUCUUGUAUGCCUUCAUUGGGGUCCGUUUUCGAAGAGACCUCCUGCAGUUGCUCGCAAAGAUGAAGUGUCUGCGUGUAUGCCUGUCAGGUCUGCGCACUAAAAAUUUGAACAGGGUAUCUGUCUCAGAGGCUGUUACUACCACAACAAGUAGCCAAUAUAUCUAAGAGCAGCUGAGCAUUUUUUGUACAUAUUUUUUUUUCUUUAAAUCGCCAACUAUCUGUGAUUUUCAGCUUUGCCUGCACACUGAGCCAAUCACUGCACAUGACUAAAUGCACAUAAUGUGAGCGCUUGAAAUAAUAUAAAUUUGAACAAUCUGUUAGUCAAAGGUUGAAUUUCAUUAAUAAGCAAAUCUAAGCACCAUACCUAAAAUGAUGUAAUGCUUUGCAUUGUGUUUUGAAUGGAUUCUGUUAAAUACAAGAUAAC